GGAAACAAAAACAAAACAAUCACUCACACUACUACUACCUCAGAAGAGGGUAAGAGAGAAAAAAACAAACAAGAGAGUACGAGUUUCUUCGUCAUUCUCACGAAUUCGUGAUUUUAAUUUUAUUUUUGGUUUCGUCAUCUGGGUUUUCCACAAAUUCUCUUCCUUUUAUUUUUUUUUUAAAAUAAAAUCUUCUGAGUUUGCAAAGUGCAAACCUUUGUACUGAGUUCUUUGAUUUGUUUUCUUCUCCUCCAUUUCUCAUUAUUCUUCUUCAUGAUUUCUCCUUUUCUCUGUUUCUCGAAAUUUGUGGUGUGAAAAUUUCACAUUUUUGGAGGGGGCAGUUGGGUUUCUUCAAUCAUGUGUUUAUGAUGUUAUAUCAUUAACAAGAGUUGAAUGAAUCUUCUUUUUGACCGUUGAAAAGAGAGAAACUAAAAAUUAAAGCAAAGGGAAAAAAAAGGAAGAAGAUUUGUGUUGUUGUUGUUGUAACGCUUCUUUAUGAGAUAAAGACAUGCGUUUCUUUCUGAGAGCUUCUUUUGUUUACUAUCAAAAGGCAUUGUUUUCCCCAAAUGUUGUGUGAGUUUUGACAAGAAGAGUUUGUAAAAAUUGGGUCUUUUUGUUUUUGAGGUUUUGUUUCUUUAGAUUCUUUCAAAAUGCCGAUGUUUCAGCCGUUAAAGAGAGAUGGGUUAAUUGGAUUUGAAGGUGGUGGUGCUGGGCAAGUCUUAGAUCUGGAUACCGCUGUGAAAGAUGGAGUUCUCGGUGGUGUUAAUGGUGGUGUUGGUGUUGUUGAUGAGAAAUUGGAUCUGAAGAAGAUGAUAAAGGAGCUAGAUUUACAAGACAUACCUUCUGUUUUCAUUUGUCCCAUCUCGUUAGAGCCGAUGCAAGAUCCUGUGACCUUGUGUACUGGUCAAACCUACGAAAGGUCAAACAUUCACAAAUGGUUUAACCUAGGUCACUUGACUUGCCCAACUACAAUGCAGGAGCUUUGGGAUGAUGCGGUAACUCCUAAUAAAACUCUUCAUCAUUUGAUCUACACUUGGUUCUCCCAGAAGUAUGUGUUGAUGAAGAAACGCUCUGAGGAUGUGCAAGGACGAGCUAUUGAGAUUUUGGGGACUUUGAAGAAAGCUAAAGGUCAAGCUAGGGUUCAUGCGUUGAGUGAGCUUAAGCAGAUUGUUGUGGCUCAUCUUAUGGCGAGGAAGACUGUUGUUGAAGAAGGAGGUGUCUCUGUUAUCUCUUCUCUUUUGGGUCCUUUCACUUCUCAUGCUGUUGGAUCUGAAGUCGUUGCGAUUCUUGUGAGUCUUGAUCUUGAUUCGGAUUCGAAAUCAGGGUUGAUGCAACCGGCCAAGGUUUCUUUGAUUGUUGAUAUGUUGAAUGAUGGAUCCAAUGAGACCAAAAUCAAUUGCGCGAGGUUGAUUAGGGGAUUGGUGGAAGAGAAGGGGUUUAGAGCAGAGCUGGUCUCGAGUCAUAGUUUGCUUGUUGGGUUGAUGAGAUUGGUUAAGGAUAAGAGACAUAGAAAUGGAGUUUCCCCUGCACUUGGGUUGCUUAAACCAAUCUCUGUUCACAAACAAGUUCGAAGCUUGAUGGUUAGCAUUGGAGCAGUGCCUCAAUUAGUCGAUAUCUUACCGUCUUUAGACCCGGACUGUUUGGAAUUAGCUCUGUUUAUUCUUGAUGCUUUGUGUUCAGACAUGGAAGGAAGAGUUGCUGUCAAAGACUCUGCAAACACCAUACCUUAUACCGUUCGGGUACUGAUGAGGGUGUCUGAGAAUUGCACUAACUAUGCGCUCUCGAUUCUUUGGUCUGUCUGCAAAUUAGCUCCUGAAGAAUGUUCGCCUCUUGCUGUGGAGGUCGGUCUUGCUGCAAAGCUGUUACUCGUGAUCCAGAGCGGGUGUGAUGCAGCGUUGAAGCAGCGGUCAGCGGAGCUACUCAAGCUAUGUAGUCUACAUUAUUCAGACACCAUGUUUAUUUCCAAAUGCAAACUCACAAGGACAAUCCAAUAGCAACAGUUUAAAUCUUUGGCAUCGACACAAAAUUUCAGCGGAUAUCCAUGAAGUGGUAAAUGCGAGUUGCGAAUCUGCCCCUACACCGAUGUAUAUAUAGAUGAAGCGUUCGAAACUCAAGCUAUUGCUUCUUCGCGGUAACAAUCGAAAGGAAGAAGCAAUCCGCAGAUGGAAACACAGGGGAAGAAGAAGCUGGGCGGGUAUGUAAUGUUUUCAUGUCGGUUCAGUUUGCAAUUAGCAUUGGGAAUUAGAAAAACUGUGUAAAGUUACGUCUUUGGUUCAAUCAAUUUCAGAAAAAAAAAAAGGAAAAAGAAGAAUUUGAAGAAAAGUAUCAUAUUAAGUCUCUUAUUGUUAACCUCUCUACUUGGGUUCUUGUGAGAGGUUGUUUUGCUUUUUAACCAUUCACAACAGAAAAAGAAAGAAAAGCAAAAUCUUUUGACCUGAA